CUCUUCUGCUCUCUCUUUCUCUCACACACACACUCUGUAGUGCUACCUCGGUUCAUUUCUCAUUCAAAUUCAUCUUGAUCUAUAAUCCUUAAUCCAUAAUCUAUAAUCCAUAAUCCAUAAUGAGCAAGAGUCAACCCAGCAGGAGCAGAAAGAUCGGUGCCAUGUUUGCCUACACAACCCUGGCCAUCAGCCUGGCCUCCAUUGGCGUGUAUGUCUACCGCCAACAUCAAAAGAAACCCCGUCGCUCAGGCGAUCGCGACAACACCAGCAGUAACACCGGUCAGGAUCGAAAUCCAAGGGCCAGUCUGGACCGCGGCAGCGGCAGCAGCAACGGCGGCAGCAAUACCAAUGUACAAGAUGAAGGCCGAUCAACAGAGGUAAAAGCGAUAACAACAGCUGCCCAUGGCGCUGCUUCCCUCAUCGAUCGCCCUUCCGCUCCCUGCUUCUUUCUCUUUUUGCGAUGCGAUCUUGCUUUGAGAGAGCCCUUCUUCUCUUUUAUCUUCCUUGUCUUGAACAUGUGGUUAACUACGAUUGUUUGUGCCGUCGCUUCCGAUCUUGCAGGCUCAGUCAUCGUCAUUAUCAAGACUUGGAUCGAAGAUUGCCAGGACCGUCAAGAGAAAUCGUAAAGUCAUGACUAUCUCGAUUAAAAAUGUAGGUGUCUUAU